CUGGUGUUAGUGUUGGGGGACCUUCACAUCCCACAGCGGUGCCGUGGUCUGCCGGGGAAAUUCAAGAAGCUGCUGGUUCCAGGAAAGAUGCAGCACAUCUUGUGUACAGGAAACCUCUGCACCAGGGAGACCUAUGACUACCUCCGGACCCUGUCUGGGGACAUCCAUGUCGUUAGGGGAGACUUGGAGAGCCUGAAUUAUCCUGAAGAAAAGGUUGUAACUGUCGGGCAGUUCAGAAUUGGGCUGAUUCAUGGCCAUCAAGUUAUUCCCUGGGGUGAUGCAGCCAGCCUGGCACUGCUGCAGAGACAACUGGAUGUGGACAUUCUCAUUUCGGGACACACUCACAGGUUUGAAGCAUUUGAGCAUGAAAACAAAUUCUACAUCAACCCGGGAUCAGCUACAGGAGCCUACAGUGCUUUGGAAAAGAAUGUUAUCCCCUCAUUUGUACUGAUGGAUAUCCAGGCUUCCACAGUUGUGACUUAUGUAUACCAACUAAUUGAGGACGAUGUGAAAGUAGAAAGAAUUGAGUUCAAGAAGUACUGA